AUGGCAGAUUCCGAGAGUCCAGCUGGCGGUGGCCACGACCACGAGAGUGGCGGCGAACAAAGUCCACGUGGCUCUUCCUCUGCUGCGCGUGAACAAGAUCGUUUCUUGCCUAUAGCUAACAUUAGCAGGAUCAUGAAAAAGGCUCUGCCUUCCAAUGGAAAGAUUGCUAAGGAUGCUAAAGAUACAAUGCAGGAAUGUGUGUCCGAAUUCAUCAGUUUUAUUACCAGCGAGGCUAGUGAGAAAUGCCAAAAAGAGAAGAGAAAGACCAUUAAUGGAGAUGAUUUGUUAUGGGCAAUGGCUACUUUAGGAUUUGAAGACUAUAUAGAACCGCUUAAGGUGUAUCUAGCAAGAUACAGAGAGUUAGAGGGUGACAGUAAAGGAACAACUAUUAGAGGUUGUGAUGGAUCUGGUAGACGAGAUCAAGUUAGCCCCGGAGGACAAAAUUCGCAGCUUGUUCAUCAGGGUUCUAUGAACUAUAUGGGUUCCCAGGUGCAUCCGCAACAUCUGGUUUUGCCUUCCAUGCAAAACCAUGAAUAG